GCAUUGCAAUGGUAACCAAAUGUUGAAUCAUCGCAGUAAUCCUUCCCACACCCCCGCAAGCCGGGGCUGUAAUAUCUAUAUUUAGAGAAAGAGGUUCCUGGUUUUCUACAGAAUUCAAGAUGAUGACAUCGUGGAGGAAUAAGCAUCCAGUUGGGUUCCUUAACAAUGGAAAUGAAACUACGGAGCAGCUUUUGCGUGAAACACUAUAUAACACAAGGGUGAUUGUAAAACCUCUCCCGGGUUAUGCAAGUUCGGCCCUUAAUCGCAUAUCCGUGGGAGUAGAUUGUGAUGAAGUGUAUCCUAAUAUUUUUAUUGGUGAUGCUGCUUCUGCCAGAAACAAGGCCUACUUGAAACGAAUUGGUGUUACUCAUGUGCUCAAUACUGCAGAAGGCUCAGCAUUUGGAAUGGUUAAUACCAAUAGCGCCUAUUAUAAAGACACUGGAAUAAAGUAUAAGGGGAUACACCUCCUUGAUCUUCCAUUGGCUAACAUUUCAGAUUACUUUUAUGAAACAGCAGACUUCAUUGAAGGGGGAGUCACAAGUGGAGGAAAAGUCCUUGUGCAUUGCUUGAUGGGAGUGUCACGGUCCAGUACCUGUGUGCUUUCAUAUCUCAUGAUCAAAAGGAAGUACACUGCCCAAGAAGCACUUCGUAUUGUGCGCCAGAACCGUGCUGUUGGUCCCAACGAUGGCUUCCUGCGUCAGUUGGCAGAGCUUGACAACAAACUUCGUCGUGAACGAGAAAGAUCAUCAUCAUCAACAUCAGCUAGAUACUGCCAGCAUCUUUAAGAAAACAAUAUAUUUAUAUUAAAGUUUUUGUUUGCCUAUUGUUUUUAUGACCUUUGUACUGACAUACACUAUAACUUGCUCUUCCAUAUUUUUACUUGUAACUGAAAUCACUAAAUUUUUUAACAAGACCAUAAAAUGAGGGGCAGAUACUGUAGUUCUUUUCUUAUACUAGUUGAUAUUUUGUUAUACAAAUAAAUGGUGUCCUGGAUGACUGCCAUAAUCUUCAGUGCCUGAUAACUCUGGAAAUUGUUUACUACCGUCCUACUGAUACAAUGUUCAAAGCAAAGGCUGAUCGCAUUUGCUCUUUUUUGCUGCAUCUCAAUUUAUACUAUAUUCCUAAACUAGUCCUAUUUUUAAGUAGUUACAAAAUGUAGUUAAAAUGUGAUUUUUUUUAAUUUUAUUUUUGAAGUUCAGUGUAUUGGAAAAUGUGAGGAGGGUGAGUCAUGAAUUUGUAAAUGAAAUGCAACAGUGUUAUGGCAAAAGGCAUAUAUUUGAAUGUUGAUAUUUGUUCUAAGUAUAGUACACAUUUACAGUUAUAUCUACAUCAAUGUACAAAUUUUUAUUUUUCAAUUAGAUAUAUAUUUUGUACAUAUUGAAAUUUGUUUUUAAAUUUGUGAUUUUACAUAAAUAUUUGUGCUUGUAGAGAUAUGUACAUUUUUUUUAUUUUUUUUAAUUUUAUUCUCAAAAUAUAGCUUUACUGAUGUUGGUCUUACAUAUCCAAUAUGUUAUCUUUUGAAGAUAGUGUAUUCUAUAUAAAGCAGAAUUAAAUGAUGAGAUUUUUCUGUUAAGAAUGCCAUUUUCACCUAUCCAGGUACACAUUCAAUCACUGAGAAAUUCUGGGCUUGAAUGCCACAUAUCCAGUGAUGCACAUUUAGUAAAGAAAUCAUACUAGGAUGCAAUUUGCAAAAGUAAGAAAUUUUUUGAACUUGACACAACAGUUUUGGUGCUUUUAUCAGUGUUAAAAUGUUGAUAUACAUCAAAAUACUUCAGAGUCAAAUAAUUUAUUCAUAAUUUGCAAGACUCAUUCCAUAUAUUUUCUAGACACAUCAAAUUGUCUUAUGCAAACCAGAGAAUUUUAUAAAAAUGUCUUGGAGGUUAUUAAGAAAAGAAUAUCCUUGGGAAGAGAUAUUUCAUACAAGAGUAUUAAAAAUGAACACAGAGGGCAUUGAAGUAACAAUGAAAGUUUCUGCAAUAUUUCUUAUUACUUUCGGAUCAAAUGAAAAGGAAGAUUGCCUUGUAUUACAUAUAUAUAAAAAUGUUAAAAUGCAUAUUGCACUUAUAACUUUUGAAAUUUAUUAGCAUACUAUAAAUGAAUGUUUAAUUAAUAAAAUGUUGUGUAAAAACUGUAUUAAAGUACGUAUAAAAUUUCAUGCAACUUUUAUUCUUUUUCUCUGUAGAUGAAGUGUGGGGGUGUGAAAAUUUCAUAUGUGGGAGUUGGUGUUAUAAGAAAAGGGGGAGGGAGAGGUCUAAUGGCCCCUUAUUGCUGUAUUCUCCAGUUUGUCUACAUUAAUUAACCAGUUGUUGUUGCCAGCACAUGUUCAAAUAUCAUUUACUAAGAUCAAUUGGAUAGAGCUAGGCUAGCAUUAAGAAAAUUCAAGUUCUCCAAUGUACUAGUCUUGGAUUUUCCUUUAUUUCUUUUAACAAAGAGUAAAACAAUGCUGCUUUAAUGAUAAUACUGAAUGGAACACACACUACAUUAAAAACAUUCAAGGUAUUUAAUACAACAACUGUUCCACUGACAUUUUUAAGCAGUACAUAAAAACAAAAACAAAUAUUCAUUUGCACACCUAUUGAAAUUGUUCUGACUACUAGCACCUUGUGAAAUAAAAGAAAACGAGGCUGUGAAAGCGAGAGUGCCAAACUCCAAUCAUAAGAUUGCACUUUGAGCACUCUUGCAAACUCAUAACAGGGACAAAAAUUAAAGCCCAAAACAAUUUAUUAUGUUCAGUACUUGAGCUGCCUAAUUACUGGUUUGCCAAGAGAUAUCUGCAGACAGGAAGUUCUAGUUCUGAUGUGAAUGUUAAAAGAGAAAAUUCCCUGAAAAUCAAUACAGGCAUGAAUUUUGAUUCAGGCUCUUUUUUCAAUUUUGUUAUAUUUUUUGUUCUGACAUUAAAAGGAAAGAGAAAAAAAUAACUGAAGAGAGCAGUACUUGAAUUCAUUCUGUUGUUGGUAUGGCCAUUGGAGUACAUCAGUGUUUGAUUACUACAAAGAAGAAAUAAAUAGUAAAAGAGGAACACUAAAUAGCAGUCUUACAAAAACACCAACCAUAAAAUCUCAGUUUUCGAGCACAUGGUUUAUCCAUUAAUACGCUGAGGAUAAUUGCAAAACUUUGAAAACAAAACAUUUACUUAUAAGAACCACAAGUCACACUUAUGUAGAUUCAAAAACAUGAAUAAGCAGUGGCAUAGCAUUUGACAUGGGCUAUAACUACAGGAAAAAUUCAAUAAAAUAUGGGAUACACUUUCCAUAGAACAUAUCCUUUAAUAUUUCUGAGCCUGUUUUCAAAGUGGAAGGCACACAAUGUUGCACCCUGCCAGCAUGGACAUGGGAAAGCCAAGCAAAAGACAUCUCAAGACAAUCCAAUCUGCCUUUGCACGCUUAAUUGUCUGUAAGAAAGUACUGCGCGUAUAUCGCAGCUGAUACCCAUUCUGAGAGUGAAGAACACCCCAACAUCUGCUUGGAUAGAUACGUCCUUGCUCACAUACAUUUUAAAACACUGUGAUCCGUCUCUGCACUUAAGUGUUCUAAGUUGUAUUAAACUUUGAAUUUUUCAUUAUUUUAAUUUAUGAAAUGAUUCCAACAAAAAUACCCUGUUCCUUGUUAAGAAUUCAGAUACUAAUGAUGAUCAAUACACCAUACUCUCAGUCUAAUUAACAUACUAUGUACUGAAAUUUUGUUGUAGAUCUAAGAUGAAACAAUUUAUUAUUCUAGUGAGAAGGGGGAUUGUCAAGAUAUAACAAUGAUUAGACCCACAUUUAACUCUAUUUAAUAGAAAAUCAUUUCUAAUAUUUGAAUGAGAAAAUAAAUCUAGUAUGUCCAGACUUUGUACUAAUCAUGUAUUAGUUUUGUACAUGAAUGUAAUAGGCAGUUUUUGUGCAGAUUCAUCAGUAAAUUCAGUUUUGGAGAGUUUUGUGUGAUCACGCUUACAUGUGCAAUUUGCAUUUUUUAAGUUUAAAAGCAAAAAAUUAUUGCAUAUACAUUCUACCUCUUUCAACAUAAUUUGAAUUUUUAGAGAGCAGUACAUUAGUUUAAAUUUUACUAAACAAAUUGAAGGAACAAUGUCUGUUUUGAGUAAAACAACUAAUGAAACUUAUGCUGUUCAAUGUCUUAACUAUAAAAUAACUCUAUUUGUGUUUUAAUUACCACUUUGAAAAAUUCAUGCCAUAAUGCCGCUGUCUCUGCUUUCGUUUUGUCAUGUUAUACAACUGUGAAGAAGUGUAACGUUCAAGUUCUUCUUAUGCAAGAUAUUUUUGUCGAUAGAAACUGCGUCACAUUCAGUUGAGGUGACUGAAAUGAAUGAAAUAAUCAUCACCUAAGAGUACAUUUUGUUGGCAUUUACAUGCAAGUGCCCCAAUAGAGUGAACGCGACAGCACACGGAGAGCGCCUACGACGGCGGAAUCACCAGCAGCGGGGCGUCGUCGUCGGCGCCCGACAGGAACGACAGGAGGCUGGUGGAGGAGGUGAGGCUGUCGCGGCUGGGGGACAGCGAGGACGAGGCGCUGGAGCUGCAGGCCGACCCGCCGCCGGCGCCCGACGGCCCGCCGCGCUUCGCCUCGCCCGCCAGCGACGUCUCCAGCGUGACGGGG